CAUCACGCCACCCGUUGCUACCGGGAGCAUUCUGCUAGCAGACGACGCGACGGUGUUUUCGAGUUCGCUCGACGUAUUCUUGGUUCCGCGAGUCGUCAAACAACGAGGUGGUCGGGGAAAUCGUGUAUCAUAUUUUAGACGCCGGCCAGCAUUAUUAAAGUAUUUGCCCCGAAAAAUUCCGUUAACGACGAAGGAUUUCCCGACUGUUGAUGGGGGAAGGGGGAACGGGGGCAAAAUCGCGCGUGCCAGCAGACGUCUGGCGCGUCAUCUGCUCGCUCAGGAGAUCGCGCGAGAGAAAGGAGUUCCGGAGCAACGUCACAUCCGAUAGAAUCGCGUCGACCAAUAGGGGUGCUCACACGCCUCGCGUCACGUGAUUCCCGGCAUCUUUUUUUCCGCCGGCGGGCCGGUCAGUCUACGGCCGCGUGAUUUUUUUAUCCAUUCUUUUUCUGGACGGACGCCAGCGGUGACACAGACCGAGUAUAACUGUCGUGGCAGCGCACUGGAAGCCUUCACAUUGGAUACCUAACACCGACGGCGGAUUAUUCACAGGGCAUGACCAUGGCGACCAUGACGAAAACAGUGAUGGCAGAGCCGGCCUCUGCCACAACACCUGCAACCAAGCCCUUCAAGGCGCAAAUAGUGUGGCGCAAUGUGAUACUCAUGGGCUACCUGCACCUCAUCUCCCUCUAUGGAUUUUACAUUAUUUUCACUGCUGCCCAGUGGAAGACGAUUCUUGCCGCCUACAUCCUUUACACAAUUUCUGGCAUCGGAAUAACUGCUGGCUCCCACCGACUCUGGUCUCACCGCUCGUACAAGGCCAAGCUUCCCUACAGAAUUCUGCUCAUGCUCUUCCAGACCAUGGCUUUCCAGAACGACAUCUACGACUGGGCCCGAGACCACCGGGUGCACCACAAGUUCUCGGAGACGACUGCGGACCCCCACGACGCCACCCGGGGCUUCUUCUUCUCGCACGUGGGUUGGCUGCUGUGCCGCAAGCACCCGGACGUCAUCUCCAAGGGCAAGACCAUUGACCUGAGUGACCUCAUGGCCGACCCCGUGGUGCGCUUCCAGAGGAAGUACUACAUGCCGCUGAUGGUGCUCACCUGCUUCUUGCUGCCCGCCCUGGGGCCCUGGUACUUCUGGGGCGAGUCCCUGUGGUACUCGUUCCUGGUGUGCUCCCUGACGCGGUACUGCUUUACCCUCAACAUGACCUGGCUGGUGAACAGCGCCGCCCACACCUGGGGUAACCGGCCGUACGACAAGCACAUUAGCCCCCGCCAAAACCUGGUGACCAUCGUGGGCGCCCACGGCGAGGGUUUCCACAACUACCACCACACCUUCCCACACGACUACCGCACCAGCGAACUGGGAUGCCGCAUCAACACCACCACCUGGUUCAUCGACUUCUUCGCCUGGCUGGGGCAGGUCUACGAUCGCAAGGAGAUCCCCACGAACGUGGUUGAGAACCGCAUGCUGCGCACAGGCGACGGGAGCCGGGGGCUGACCGCGGGCACUCGCACCUGCUGACCUGCGCCCCCUGCCGGCGCCUUCGCAGCAGGGGCUCGUUCCGCCGUGCCCCCCACUCAGGAACGUUAGUCAGACCCCAGAGCCUACCCCUUCAAAACAUCCGGUGCAGUCAACGACGACUUGGUGGGACGGCGAAGUUAUUGUUGUUGUCGACGACAUCGGUUCGCUAAUAAAUGCCGCGGUGGUUUUUUGUUUUGCCCCCCUACCCCCUUUUUAUUUUUUAGCUGCCCCUUCCCCCCUCCCUUUUCGUUCCAAUCUUUCCAGUCCCCUUUUUCUUUUUUCUUUAGGCGCGGUCUAUUGAGAUGGUUGUUUUAUCUUUUGCCAAGCUCGGUCAUGUUGUGGUGACGGAACUCUCUAACCCAGUGUUUGCAAGGCCGGCAAAGGUCCACGAGUCGCUGCUCUUCCUCACACCGGUGCUUGUAUGUUUUAAGGAUGGUGCCAGCUUGCUAGGAAGCUGGCAUUCUUACGUUAUGUGAAGGAUGCGGGCUUGUUUAAGGAAGCAGCUUUGAAACAAGAAAAAGAAAAUGAUGGGGACAGUUCCGGCAAUAAGUGUGCAGCUUGCGAAGAUGGAUCCCCCAGCCCUGCAGGCCAGACCCGUUGAAGCCAUCUUUAGGACACCUCUGCCUUGGAUUCAUCGCCAAUGUAGCCAGGUGCCGAGAAACUAAUCAUCGUCGCCUCUCUUCGCAAUUUCCGGUUAAGUUGUAGCGGGCUGGAGACCAAAGACAAUUUAUCUUUCGAAGGGUUCUUUUUUUCUUACAUAUUAUCUGCAUGAUUGGUGCAAAGCAGCCUGCAAAGUGGGAAGGCAAAAUGAUGUUAGUGUUUGUGUUUGUGUUUCUGUGGUCCUAAGGAAGGAACUGUGGUAUGAAUGUGUUAAUAUUUAAACAGCCAAAGCUAGCAAAUGUUUCAGUGCCGGUUGCAUCUGUAUUUUUAGGUAUUGGCUGAGGAGUUUUGGGCUGCAAGCGUACAUGACCAGUUGUUUUUCUUACCCCGUGGCGUUGGGGGUGAUAACGUCUUGUUUUCUUCUGUUCUUCAAGAAAGUGAAAAUAAAAUCAAAUGUUGCAAUGUA